AUGGCUGCACAAUCCCGCGAAACACAAGCUCGGCCCCGAGAGACCGUUAAGGUGCUCUACGACUACGAGCUCAAGAAUGCACCUGGGAAAUCGAUUGUCGGGCUUGAAGUUCACUUUGCCCCGGGUGCGUUCACACCCCCUCACCGGCACGCCGGCGCGACAGUUGUGGCAACAGUAACCGAGGGCGAGGUGUUGAGUGGUAUGAAUGGGAACCCACCCAAAGUCUACCAGGUAGGGGAGGGUUUCAUCGAACAACCGGGCUGCCAUCAUACGAUUGGAGAGAACAACAGCCAAGAGAAACCAGCGACGUUGGUUGCUGUUUUCAUUGUGGACACGGAAGUCGUCAAAGGCGGAUACAAUCGUCUCACCGUACUUGACGACGAAGCGUAA